GGCGUUCCAUUUAGAAACACCGUUUCACUUCCUGUUAGAUAUUUCAACAGAGCCGAACCACAGAAGCAAAUCAAUUGUAGCAGUUUUUGGUCAACAAAUGUUAAUGUAGCAUAAAUAGUGAUCAACAAUAAUGAUUCCGUACACUGUCAACAUCAAACUCGCAGCUCGGACGUUGACUGGCACUCUCAAUUUGCAGAAUAAAACCGCUGUAGAUUGGGGUUGGCAGGGGCUGAUAGCUCAGGGAUGUCACUCCAGUAUUCUCAUCAUCGAUCCAAAGACGGCCCAGACCAUCCAGGUGUUGGAGAGGCACAAAGCUAAUGUGGUCAAGGUGAAAUGGUCCAGGGAAAACUACUACCACAAUUUGAGCUCUCCCUACUGUCUGCGGCUGGCUUCAGGAGAUGCAUCUGGGAAAAUCAUAGUGUGGGAUGUGGUCAGUGGCACUGCCCAUUGUGAGAUCCAAGAGCACUCAAAACCUAUCCAGGACUUGGAGUGGUUAUGGAAUCAGGAUGUGUCUCAUGAUCUGCUGUUAGCCAUCCACCCUCCCAACUACAUCGUUCUAUGGAACGGAGACACAGGCACCAAACUGUGGAAGAAGAGCUACGCUGAGAACAUCCUCUCCUUUUCUUUUGACCCCUUUGACCCCUCCAACCUGGCGUUGCUGACCAGCGAAGGAAUAGUCUUUAUCACAGACUUUACCCACUCCAAACCACCAAGCAGUGCUGGCAAAAAGGUCUACAUCGCCAGCCCCCAUGCAAGCCCCGCCCACACCAAGCCUGUGCCCGCCGCUGCCCCGGCCCCCACCGGUGCCAAGAAGGCCCUCAACAAGGUCAAAGUGCUCAUCACCAAUGAAAAACCCACUGCAGAGGCGGUGACGUUGAACGACUGUUUGCAGCUGUCCUACCUGCCAUCCAAGAGGAACCACAUGCUGCUGCUUUAUCCCAGAGAGAUCCUCAUCCUGGACCUGGAGCUCAGCCAGACAGUGGGUGUAGUGGCCAUCGAGCGCUCCGGGGUGCCCUUCAUUCAGGUGAUUCCCUGCGCUCAGCGGGACGCCCUCUACUGUCUCCAUGAGAACGGGUGUAUCACUCUCCGAGUGUGUCGCUCCACUACCACUCCAGAGGAAGCAGCAGACCCUGAGCAGAGUGUCCACGAGCUUGUGUACGACCUGCGUUCUCAGUGCGAUGCCAUCCGAGUCACCAAGACAGUCCGGCCAUAUCGCAUGGUUAUCUGCCCCGUCAAUGAAAACAACGCUGCGCUUAUGGUCAGCGACGGCAGAGCCAUGUUGUGGGAGCUCAAAGGCCACACCGGCAGGGCUGGUACCAAUCCUAGUUCAUGUCUUUCGCCGCUGUACUCCCCCGUGUCAUUUUGUGGAGCUCCACUGGGUCCAAACCAGAAAAGGAUUCAGGAUCUCUCUCUCAACAGCAUGAUCGGUCAGACCUUGAUAGCUGGUGAGGCUCCUCCUCCAUCAUCCAACCAACAAGAGGUUCAGUUGAAGUUCCUGCUGACAGGCCUGCUGUCUGGUCUGCCGCUGCCACCAUUUGCCCUUCGCAUGUGUCCACCUCUUACCACCAAAAACAUCAACCAUUACCAACCCCUGCUGGCUGUAGGCACCAGUAAUGGGUCUGUACUGGUCUAUAACCUGACCAGUGGUCUUCUCCACAAAGAACUCAGUGUCCACUCUUGUGAAGUCAGGGGGAUUGAAUGGGUGAGUCUUACCAGUUUCCUAUCUUUUGCCACUUCUGCUCCCAACAACAUGGGCCUGGUGCGAAAUGAACUGCAGCAUGUCGACCUGCCUACUGGCAGAUGCUUUGCAUUCAGAGGCGAGCGUGGAAACGAUGAGCCACCCAUUGAGAUGAUUAAAGUGUCUCAUCUCAAACAGUACCUGGUGGUGGUGUUCAGAGACAAACCCCUGGAGCUGUGGGACAUCAGGACAGGGACACUUCUGCGGGAGAUGGCUAAGAACUUCCCCACUGUUACAGCAUUGGAGUGGUCCCCGUCCCACAACCUGAAGAGUCUAAAGAAGAAGCAGAUGGCAGCGAGGGAGGCCAUGGCUCGGCAGACGGUGUCGGACGCCGAGCAGAGUAGCGUUGAAUCCUCAGUCAUCAGUCUCCUGCAGGAUGCAGAGAGCAAGUCAGAGACCAGCCAGGCCAUCUCAGCCAGGGAGCAUUUUGUAUUCACUGACACAGACGGGCAGGUCUACCACAUCACCGUAGAGGGCAAUACAGUCAAAGACGGUGCACGAAUUCCCCCUGAUGGUAGUAUGGGCAGUAUCGCCUGCAUUGCCUGGAAAGGUGACACCCUUGUGCUUGGUGACGUGGACGGCAAUCUCAACUUCUGGGACCUCAAAGCUCGUUUGUCCAGGGGAAUACCAACACAUCGUGGCUGGGUGAAGAAGAUACGGUUCGCCCCGGGGAAGGGCAACCAAAAGCUGCUGGUUAUGUACACAGAUGGAGCAGAGGUCUGGGACACCAAAGAGGUCCAAAUGGUCAGCAGUUUGCGGAUCGGUCGUAAUGUGAACUACCGCAUCCUAGACAUUGACUGGUGCACAUCAGAUAAGGUUGUGCUGGCCUCUGACGACGGCUGCAUCCGAGUGCUGGAGAUGGCCAUGAAGUCCGCCAGCUACCGCAUGGAUGAACAAGACCUAACCGAUCCAGUGUGGUGUCCUUACCUGCUGGUGCCCCGAGCUGCCCUCACUCUCAAGACUUUCCUGCUGCUGCAGCCCUGGUCAGGAACCUUCACCAUGGACAUCACUCAAGUAGACUACAAUGAGAAAGACGAGAUAAAAGGCCUGAUCCAGGAGCAGCUCAACUCUUUGUCAAAUGAUAUGAAGAGUGUGCUACAGGACCCGGAGCUCAGCCUGCUGCAGCGCUGCCUCCUGGUCUCACGGCUGUUCGGGGAUGAGUCGGAUCUUCACUUCUGGACAGUGGCAUCCCACUACCUCCAGUCGUUUGCCCAGGCUCGUCAGCUAAGUGUGUCCACUGCAGAGGGUCAGACCCAAAGUGAAGGAAUCCAGCUGUCACCUCAGAACCACCUGGACAUCUGCAAUGACGUCCUGUGUGAGAGCUCUUACUUCCAGAAGUUCCAGUUGGAUCGGGUUCACCUGCAAGAGGUGAAGCGCUCCAGUUAUGAACACACUAAGAAAUGUGCUGACCAGCUCCUCCUGCUGGGUCAGACAGACCGGGCGGUGCAGUUACUGUUGGAGACGAGCGCAGACAACCCCAGCUACUACUGUGAUUCACUCAAAGCCUGCCUAGUGACCACCAUCACCUCUUCAGGCCCAUCACAGUCCACCAUCAAACUAGUGGCCACCAACAUGAUCGCCAACGGCAAGCUAGCAGAGGGAGUACAGCUGUUGUGUUUGAUUGACAAGGCGGCGGAUGCUUGCCGCUACUUGCAGACCUACGGGGAGUGGAACCGCGCCGCCUGGCUGGCUAAGGUGCGUCUGAGCCCAGCAGAAAGCUCAGAUGUGCUGAAGCGUUGGGCAGAGCACCUGUGCUCCCCGCAGGUCAACCAGAAGUCCAAAGCCAUCCUGGUGCUGCUUUGCCUGGGCUGCUUUUACAAAGUGGGAGAGAUGCUCCACAGUAUGAGGUACUUUGAUCGCGCCGCCCUCUUCAUCGAAGCCUGUCUGAAGUAUGGGGUGAUGGAGGCCAACGACUCUUCCAAUAAGCUUAUCGAGGCUGCAUUUUUGGACUAUGCACGGCUGCUACGCUCACUGGGCCUGAGAGAGGGUGCUGCUCUGUGGGCAUCACGGGCCGGCAGCGCCGGGGAGCAGCUGAUGGAGGAACUGUUCCAGGGAGAGGGAGGUGUGCCAGAAACCAUUCUUGGCAAAGAGGAAGUCGAGCUGGGCCAGGAGCGCACUGAGUGACCCCAAAGCCGGGAGGUUUGGAAGAGAACGGAUGAGAUACUCUUUGGUGCAAAUCAAGGGUCGGCCAUUCAAUCUAACUUCAAUAACGUAACCAUUGUGAAUUUACUUUGUGUCGGCAUCCAGGGGACGUAUGAUCAUCAUCUCCACGUCAUGAGAAGAGAGGAGAUAUGAGGAGUUUCCUCCAUGUGAAGCUGUCAGUCCGUCAUUGGAGCCUGCCCGUGUCUGUAACUAUAAUGAGUUUGACAUUUCUUAAUGUUUGGUAUGACCAGUGUGUGCUUGUGUGCAUAUGUGUGUGCAUGUAACAGCCCCACACUUUUGCCCCGAUUCCCCCGACAAAUGAAAUAAUACAGAUUGUUGUUUUUCGGUCUGUGUUUUUGUUGGUUAAUGAAUUUAACUCAUUUGAUUUUUUUAAUGGUUGCUUGUUAAGCUUUAUUUUGUGUGCCUGUAUUAAUAACUUCAAAGUACUGUUGUAGCUCUGCAAAUUUAAUUUGCCUUUUUGCUGCUGAGAUUAAAUGUGGCAGAAUUAAUUUAUCCCAAAAUAAGACGUCCCUUAUUUCAUUUUGAAAAUGCACUGCCAUUAUAGAAGCCCCCAUCACUUCUUACCAUACCUGAAUUCCAAAAUUAGUUUUUUGCACUCUUGAUUUAACCAAAAACACCACAUUAUCUGAAUGAUAACUUUGAGUCCUCUGCCCUCCCUGUAACCAAGAUACAAAUAUUCUUCUAGAGACACACAUAACAGACUGGACGUUUUAUCCACAGCAGGUGGUGCUGUAUAAGUGACUGACCAAAGCCUGCUACUGCACAAAGCUCUGCAGCUGUAACUGUUAGAUGGCAGUAAAAUUAGUUAGCCAGGCCUCCCUGCACUUAUUAGACACUUAUUAGUGUAUUACCUCCCUGCACACAGAGGGGAGAGGAAUCUGACCGCUGCCACCUGGGUGAUACCAGUUUGUGUAGAGUUCAGUUCAGUUAAAUAGAUGCUAAUACAUUCCAUUAAUCCAAAUGGAAUUUUUUAAUUUUCUACUUUUAUGAAGACUAGGGAUGAUACUUUGCUCUCUGUAUUGUUUGAUGUUUGUAUAAUGAGGUUGUUCUCUGGUGUGUGUAUUACAAGAAGAGCUGUCAAAAUGUGUUGUAACUCAUUUUAAUCAGACCUCUGAUGGAUCAUUUACACACAAACAGUAAUCUGUGCUGCUUCCACUGUUGCUCAUCACAAUCACAAAGCCUGACACAGUUUAGGAAAUGGUUUAGUCCUACUGCCAUAUCUCCUCUGCUCUGCUUUUGCCUCAUCUUUACAUAGUAAAUAUCCACCGAUCAUCAAAUCUGUAUGACAAUGCAAAGACUUUAGUGAUUGUGUGUUUAAGUUCCUCGUAUCGUGUUUAGUUGUCCUGAAACGAGACAGUAACUCCAUCCACAGGACCUGUUUAGUAUGUUUUUGUGUGUUUCAUAAACACCUCAGUGCUGUUUCUCUUCUGUGUUACAGUUAACCCCAGGCAGUGUCACUAUGGCAACCCAGGCCUAUUUUAGGGGACUACAUGUUGUUGCUGUAGAUCCAUUUCCCAUAGCUCCACUAGCAUACUGUAGGAUCUCAUAGAGAGCCAGCAUAGAGUCACACAACCCAGCAGAUAAUCAGCUGUAGUUUAACUGAUGCUGUGUAUCUUCCUCCAAGCAUGUCAUCAAGUAUUGUGGAAGCAACAUGUACUGUACUGCCUCUUUAUGAUAAGGCACUAGUUUGAUUAACACUCGCUGCUUUUCUUUGUACUUAGAUAAAGUAAACUAAGUAUAGGCCUUUUUUCAUUGUUCUCUGUUCAUUGUUUACACAGUGAUCCUAAUGCUUUAAGCUAUAUAAAUAUUGCAAGAGAAAAAAAAGAUGUAUAUAUGGAUGGCAAUAAAAUCAAUAUUGUAAACUUUA